CUGCCCAAGUCUGUCAUGCAGUCUGAGACACCGAAUGUUAAGACUUCGCGAGAUACUGAGUGGAGUAGGCUAACCUUGUUCGAAUGGUCGCUCGCGCCCGAGCAAAAUGAUGAGGCCAGCACGAAAAGAAUGGGAAGGAAAAUAUUCCUUCUCGACUUGGCUAGCACAUGGAUUGGACGAUGCUUGAAAUACAAAAAGACGGAGCGAACGCUGCCGGCCGUCUGGAUUAAAGCGCGACAAGCCUUGCGAGCAGAAUCAUGCGAGCGAGCAUAUGAGAACACGACGACGAUUCACUUCAAGUCCACUGACGACUUUAAGUUGCCAGAUGGUGUGACCAGCACGAAUAGGGUGAUUCAAUUAACAUGA